GUAGUUGUGUUGUUGUGGGGUUCAGUAGUUGUAGUUUUGGUCAGUAGUUGUUAGUAGUUUUGGUAAGUAGUUAUUAUCAGUAGUUGUAUGAUUGUGGCCUGUAGUUGUGGUCAGUUGUUUUGUUGUUGUGGUCAGUGGGUGUAGUCGGUAGUAGUGAUCAGUAGUUGUGUGGUUAAGUGCUUGUAGGUAAGAAUUUCACGGUAAGGUCUACGGCGGUUGUAUUUGGCGUAUGUCACUACGUUAUAUCAGCAUCGAACAUGUCACCCUCCCUAGGAGAGGGGGUGACCUCGAUAAUGUAUUGUUAAAACGAGAGACUGCCUGGAUCUUUAAUUUAAAGACCCGUGCUCCUCUCGGUUUCAACGUAGACUUUGAUCUGAAGACAUUCUUGUGAUUUUGCUAUUGUAAAUGUUUUGUAGGCCUAGGUAGGUAAAUUGUAUCUAUAAUGGAAUGCUAUCCAUUCAUGUUUUUGGUAUGUUAUUUUUAUAUAUGAGAAUUAACCAAUGAUAUCAGGCCAUACCCGGCCAUGAUUACAGACACCUGUGUGUGUCCUUUGACACUAUAUAAACUAGUCACCCCACAGUGUUUGUGAUUAUACCCUGAUGAAGACAGUUUGUCUGUCAAAACGUUGAAUAUUAGGUUAUUAAAUUAUUGCAUCUGAGCUCCUAGAGUAUGCAGCUCAAAUGACAUUUUUUAAGUAUUUGCCGCAUGUGACAAAUAACAUAUUAUUUGACCAUUGGUCCCCUAAAACGGGGGGACCAUGAAUAGAAAGUGCUGUAAUUUCUCAACGGUUCACCCAAUAUGAAUGAAAAUACCCUCAAAUAUAAUACCCUCAUAUCAAACUUUUGGAGUGUAAAGCCAAAAGAAGAAGAAAUGUUUCACUUUCCCAAUAAUUACAGAGGGCACUGUAUAUGUAUGUACAGUAUGCAUUUAAGGUGACAGUCCGUGUUAACAGGAGAAGCUGUCUUUACUGUGGUUUGUAAUAUAACACUUUAGAGAGAAGGAUGAGUGGUGGCGGAUGUGGUUGUAUGUACAAAAUGUACACACACUAUUUCUGGGGUCAACUAAUACAGGACUAGUGGUAUUACGUAUAGUGAGGUCAUCUCACAGCAGCCUGGCUGUGUCACUCGUCUGUGUGUCUGCUGAGCGACAACAGCUUCAGUUUAACAAUAGAUAUUUCAGUAAUUAAAUGUUGCCACUGUCUCUGGUUUAACUAUGUGACGGUGACGAGACAGGCCUAUUCCCUAAAUAAUGUAUGAAUACAGACAUAUUUGUAGAUACUUUCUAGCUAUCUUCCAGUUUCUCGAUUAGAAGCCAUUAUAAAAGCCACGAAUCGUGCUGAUUAACAAGUAUAUGACUUAGUUCAAAUCCCUUACUGACAGUAAAGAAAGUUUACACUGUAAUAGGCCGAUAUCCUGAGCAGCAGAACAGAGCUUGAUCAGUUCCGGGUUGUCAGCCAAUAGGAAUGAGCCACAACAGAGGAAUUCACCAACCGGCUCCAUCAUUCCGCAACACGAUUGUGGCUAAAUUCACUAACUUGUGGUACCGUCCCACGACCUGGUUAGCUAGCUACAUAUGUUAGCAAUCAAGACAACUACAACAUUAGCUGUUGGCUAGUUAGCUAGGAUCCAGGAUCAGGGCAGGCAGGGGACCUGGACGUGCAGCCAAGCCCACCAAGGAUGCACUGAGCUGGGGAACAUCUGUUGAGGCCUCCCCCUAGCACUGCCAUGGCAGCUGACCCUUCACCUCCAAACACCGCCCCUCUGGGCUCCCAGGUACACGCAGCCGCCGUCAACGGAGACCGGAGUGUACUCCUCAGACUCAUCACAGUGGAUCCCUCCCUGCGUGACCGUGAGGACCAGUUUGGGCGUACCCCACUGAUGUACUGUGUCCUGGCUGACCGUCUGGACUGUGCUGAGACACUGCUGAAGGCGGGAGCCUCUGUUAACAAGACUGACCAUAGCCAACGUACUGCCCUGCACCUGGCAGCACAGAAGGGGAACGUGCGGUUUCUGAAGCUGCUCCUGUCGCGUCGUGCUGAUUGGCUGCAGAAGGAUCUAGAGGAGGUAACACCCCUCCACCUGGCGACCCGUCACCCCUCCCCCAAACCCCUGGCCUUGCUGCUCAAACACAUAGGACCUGGAGAGGUGGAUACACAGGACAAGAACAAGCAGACUGCGCUCCACUGGUCAGCGUUCUAUAACAGGCCAGAGCACGUCAGACUGCUCAUCAAACACGACUCCAACAUCGGCAUCCCAGACAGUGAGGGCAAGAUCCCCCUACACUGGGCUGCACACAGCCAGGAGCACACCGCUAUACACACCGUCCGCUGCAUACUGGAGGCGGCUCCUACCGAGUCUCUGUUGAACUGGCAGGACUAUGAGGGGCGCACGCCUUUGCACUUUGCGGUUGCCGACGGCAACGAGGCAGUGGUGGAGGUGCUGACAUCGUAUGAAGGCUGCAGCGUCACGGCGUACGACAACCUGUUCAGAACCCCGCUGCACUGGGCUGCACUGCUGGGACAUGCCAAGAUAGUGCACUUGUUGUUGGAGAGGAACACGUCAGGCACCAUCCCCUCAGACAGCCAUGGGGCCACACCUCUACACUAUGGAGCUCAGAGCAACUACGCUGAGACGGUGGGUGUGUUUCUGUCCCACCCCUCUGUGAAAGACGAGCCAGAUCUGGAGGGCCGCACAGCGUUCAUGUGGGCUGCUGGCAAAGGAAGCGAUGAUGUCAUACGCACCAUGCUGACACUCACGCCUGACAUUGACAUCAACAUGGCCGACAAGUACGGAGGCACUGCGCUGCACGCGGCCUCUCUGUCAGGUCAUGUGAGUACAGUGAGGUUGCUGUUGGAGAGAGGAGCCAUAGUGGACAGUCUAGACGUGAUGAAACACACGCCUCUGUUCAGAGCCUGUGAGAUGGGACACUGCCACAUCAUCCUCACACUUAUCAAAGGCUCUGCUGGUGUCCACCUGGUGGAUCUAGAUGGACACACUGCUCUGCACUGGGUGGCUCUGGGGGGUAACUCUGAAGUCUGCCAGUUGCUGAUGGAGAAUGGGAUCAGUCCUAACGUCCAGGACCAGGCAGGCAGGACUCCUCUCCAGUGUGCUGCUUAUGGAGGGUACAUCACCUGUAUGGCUGUACUACUCAUGGAGAACAACGCCGACCCUAAUAUACAGGACAAAGAGGGCAGGACAGCUCUCCACUGGUCCUGUAACAAUGGGUAUCUGGAUGCUGUGAAGCUGCUGCUGAACUCUAAUGCCUUCCCCAACCACAUGGAACACAACGAGGAGAGGUACACCCCCCUGGACUACACCCUCCUAGGGGAACACAGUGAGGUGACUCAGUACAUGUUGGAGCAUGGAGCUCUGUCUAUAGCGGCCAUCCAGGACAUCGCUGCCGCUUCCAUCCAGGCCCUGUAUAAAGGAUACACCGUUCGCAAGGCCUUCACCGAGAGGAAACAACUACUGAUGAGACACGAACAGCUACGCAAGGACGCAGCCAAGAAACGCGAUGAGGAGCAGCGGAGGCGGGAGGCGGAGCAGCAAAUCUCAUUGGCCAGAACAGAGAAACAGAGGAUGUUAUUGGCCCGCGCUGAGCAGGAGCAGCUGUCAUUGGCUGAGACUAUGAAGGAACUGUCAGUGUAUGAGAGAGAGGCAGGGGGCGGGGCUAAUACAGCCUCCAAAGCAGAACAGACCAAUAGCAAAGAGGAGACAUGGAAACAUAGAGCACAUAGAAGCAGACCCUCCAGGAGAGGGAAGGAGGCACAGCCAGCCAAAGGCCCUGACCCCGUGGUGACCCCUCACCCCUCAGUGACCUCUGACCCCAUGCCCCCUGCCCAAGGGUCUAGGGUCAGGGAGCGUCUCUCUCCUGCAGGCUGCAGCCAACCCCCCAGCCCAAAACACAGACCCCCCACCACACCCAGGACCAAGAGACUAACCUCUGCAAACACACACACUCCUUCCAACAUACACUCUCCCUCCAACACACACACUCCUUCUAAAACACACACUACCUCCAACACACACACACUCCUUCCAACACACACUCCCUCUAACACACAUACUCCUUCCAAAACACACACUACCUCCAACACACACACACUCCUUCCAACACACACACUCCUUCCCACACACACACUCCAUCCAACACAGACACGUCUACUCGUCCCACCAUGGAUCAAGAAGCCCCCAGCACCAGGGAACACACCACUAGAAGCAAGAGAGACACACACACCAACACACACAACCCCAGACACAGAACACGCCCUGUCACAGACCAUACCACCUACUCCAGCAAGAACCACGCUAAAGCCUCCACACAGUCGCACCGUCCCAGCAGCAAGCCCAGGGAGGGGGACAGACCAGGCUGCCUGCACUAUCCAACGAGCCUGGAAGAGGUUCCAUGUGCGAGGCAGAUUGAGGGAGGCUUUUGGUGCUGGGAAAAGAGUGGAGCCACCUGAGGUCGCCUCCCUCCUGAUCCAGCUGCUCUGGGAUAGGCCGGCUUUCCCUGGUCACACCCCUAUUAGGACCAAGCCCGAGGCCACAGUUCCACCCACCAAGACAGCAGCCAAGAGCUCAGUGCUGCAAAGCAUCUAUGGAGGUUCUGUGGCCCGAAGGGGGCGCUCUCUCGGGGGUUCUCAGUCUCAGAUACUACUGGACCUGUCACUACGCACACACAGCCAAUUGAGCAGUGUGGAGUGUGUGCACCUGUGUGAUGCAGUAGGGCAGGCCAGGCAGUACUCCUACCACCUCAGACCCCACAGCGCUGGACAGGGCCGGGGGAAACACUGACGACUACACACACCCCCUGCAUGUGUACUUCGUGGCUCAGUUGGUAGAGCAUGGCGCUUCUACUGCUAGAGUACUGGGUUAGAUUCCCAGGACCAGCCAUAUGUGAAAUGUAUGUACGCGUGACUGAGUUGCUUUGGAUAUAAGCAUCUGCUAAAUGGCAUACACACAUAUGUGUGUUGUCUUGAAAUUACUUACCCAACUGCCUUAUCAUGGUGGAGUUAUUGGCCAGAUUGUAAACAGAGCAUCUAUAUACUGACAAGAGGUGGGCCCCAAUGGUGUAACUAUAGGAAUAUUUUUCUGCAGAGGUGGGAACUCUUUAGCCAAUGAGGGUGGGUUUGCAUGUGAAUAAUGCUGAUAUAACUGACUUCUCAGAGAUGCCGCAUGUGUCCACUUAUCAGUACAGUUGUAAUAAUAUACAUUUUGUAAUAUUUAGGUUAAGUCAAAUAAUCAGGCCAAGAACUCCUCCAUGGUUAAUACUGGGCACAGAGAGUACAAUCUGAGAGGAAGAGGCUAUGCAAGAACUCCUCCAUGGUUAAUACUGGGCACAGAGAGUACAAUCUGAGAGGAAGAGGCUAUGCAAGAACUCCUCCAUGGUUAAUACUGGGCACAGAGAGUACAAUCUGAGAGGAAGAGGCUAUGCAAGAACUCCUCCAUGGUUAAUACUGGGCACAGAGAGUACAAUCUGAUACAGCAUGACAC